CACACCUGGGAUAUGCGUCGAUAAAGGCCCUAGGUUCACACUGUGUCUAGCUAACAUGCUAAAGGCUAAAAUGCUCCUGACUCCUGCGUUUACUGAGGAGCCUUCACCUUCAGUAAGGUGUGUGAGGCCUUCCUGCUGUUUGCGACAACAUUUUUAACAAUUUUGGGCGGUGUAGAGAAACUGAGAAACCGGGACUGGAUAGGCCUUCAGUAUGAGAAUGAACGAGCAGAUAGAGGUGGACGCGGUGCUCAAGAUGACCGGCCGUAGUGUGGUCCAGCUGCUGCAGGGAUGUGGAUGGAUACCAAAACGGAGGCGAAGGAGGCCAGCAGGAAUCGUGCCAGCCUCAGACGGUGUGUGUUGAGCGGUCUGCUGUUGUGUACUGGGGACAUGGAGCACUUGGAUAAGUACAUGCAGGAGAAGUUGUUUGUGCUGCAGCUGGUGGUGUGGGGCCUGAGAGGGGUGACCAGGGUGAUCCUAGCCAACAACCCGCUGAGUGGUGUUCUCGUUCUGGCCGCACUGUGCUGGGCCUCCCCCUGGCAGGCCCUGCUGGGAACUUUGGGUGUACUGGCCUCUAUGCUAACAGCUGUUAUAAUGGGCCAAGACAGUGCUGAGGUGUCAGGAGGUCUCCAUGGUUUUAAUGGCAUGUUGCCGUCUCUGCUGAUGGGGGUGUUCAGCUCAGCCGGAGACUGGUACUGGUGGCUGCUGCUGCCUGCCUGCUUGGGGUCAGCUACAUGUGUCUUUCUAUACAGUGGUCUCUCUCCAGUGUUGGAGCGCUGGGACUUGCCUGUCGCUGUGUUUCCCUUCAACAUUAUCAUUGUCCUCUACCUCCUUUGUACCGGCCCAGACAACCCCUACUUCCCACACCACCCGGCAACACCACCAGGGCUGCUGGAGCCCAACGGCACAGAGCUCAUUGCAGUAGAGGUAAUGCUUGGCAUCCCACUGGGUGUGGGUCAGAUCUUUGCCUGUGGAGCCCUGGGGCCCUCCCUCCUCAUCCUGGGAGCUGUUCUGCUCUACUCCCCCCUGCUGGCCGCCCAUGCUCUGCUGGGCUCAGCAGUUGGAACGUUGGUUGGUUUAUCCAUGGCGGUGCAUCAUGAUUCUCUGUACUCUGGUCUCUCUGGGUUUAAUGGAGCUCUGGGCUGUAUGGCUGUUGGAGGACUCUUCUUCACCUUCAGCUGGAGGACCCACCUCUUUGCCAUCGCCAGUGCCUUCCUCUCUGCAUAUGCUGACAUCGCUCUGAGCAAUCUGCUGGGAACUGUUGGUCUCCCAGCAUGCAGUUGGGCAUCUACUCUGACAGCCACACUGAUGUUGCUGCUGACCGGCAGUUUAGCAGCGUACCGCAUCCCUAUUGGUCGAGUCAUGGCUCCUGAACACAACCUGUGCUCCCACAGCCAAUGGGAAGCUGGGGACACCGCAGACAGGGAGAGCACUGAUGUCUAACACUAGGAGACACACACACACUCUCACACUUUCUGUGU